GCUUUACUUUUUUCAGUCGCGUACGAGCAGCGUGCGAGAGUGCCGUGUGCGGAGUUACCACCAAGGGUGCUCGCGCGUCGUUUAGUCGGAGGAAAGUGCUGAUGCCCAAGUGCCUGACGAUGAGUCUCUGGUCCUCGUAAAAAUGUAAAUAGAGUGGUUGUGUGAGGGGAGUGGGGCCUGGGGCUUGUAUACUCUCUUUUUUUAAAAUUCACCGAUAACAUUACAUCAUUAUCAUUAUCACUAUUAUUAUUAUUCAUCAUUGUUGAUUAUAACAUUAAUAGUAGCUUUAGUUACUAACGAUACUAGCGUAAUUUUUUAUUCAAAUGGUAUAAUUUUUUAUAAAUAAACGGCAUUGAUUGUCGUUGAUAAUACUCAAAUUUAUUUGUAACAACCGAAGCUAAUUGGAGAUCAGACUCGUCUGCCUAGUUACAGACUAGAGCUAUUCAAUUCUCAUUCCUCAAGCCGAUGAGGAACAUAAAAUUACUAUUAUCAUUGCUAUUACUGGAUCAAAUCUCAUUCUGAUUGAAGAGAAAUUCUUAAAAAAAGACACACUGAGUCUGGGACAACUAUUAGGGCGAGCCGUGUGUCGUUUGUCGAUGCACACAUUUCAUGGAAGGCAUGGAAUAGUCGAUCGAUUUAAAGUGCACCAGGAAGGGAGAUUUAACGAGGUUUUAUUUACCCGAUAGAGAAGUGCGUUGAUUAGUACCAAGUACUUUGUAUGAAGGAUUGUUUCUUGAAUUUGGAUUGUCAAGUAGUCCUUCUGUACUUAUUCGUACAAGGACUCUCAAAGGAAUAUGUAUACUUGGGAUGAGUAGAAUGAGCAGGCGCGAAUGCUGACCAAGGUAUCACAACAGAAUGUUUCCUCGCGUGUGAACCUCUUGAUGUCACGCUUACACGGUACGGGGUGUAUUUUAAGUCUGGUAUGGCUGGCACGAGAAGUUGAUACCGUUCCAUUCUUCUAGAAGGCAUCUGUUAUCCUUGAUGAUUAACGAGCUACGGUUAAUAAAAGUAAGAAGUUGAGAAUGGCGUCAAGAUUGCCGUCAAGCAGCCACCAGAGGAAGCUGGGACCGGCGCCGAUUGCAUCCUUCGAGGAUUUAUCCGACGAAGUGGAAAACGGAGAAACGACAACAGCGAGAAUGCCGGGGAUUGUUGAGGUGACGACCCCCAUAACACCUGGUAGCUCACUCAAGACUCCUAGCACACCCAGGAUCGACAUCAGUAGGGCCAGCAGUUCAUCCCAUCAUGAGGACAGUAACAAUUCCAGAGAAUCUUCUCCCGAGAGAGAAUUACUGGCAGGUGCCGAACCACCAGCUGGAACAACUUUAUCAUUAGGUUACAAAGAGGAUGCCCAGGAUUUGCGAUCAUCAACAGAAGAGCUGGACUUACAGGAUCCAGUUCACGUCCAAGAUCUCAAGAGAGACUCAAAGCGAGCGCGAAGGAAAAAAGAGGACGGCACUCAAUCAGAAUGUGGGAUGAGUCUGAAACAGGAGCGCGAGCGUAAGGAUAGUAAUUGUUCAGAAAUUAUUUUACUUAAUAUAAGUGGUAGAACAUCACGGUUGUCUUCCGUUGGGAGUCAAGGCUCCGGAGUAUCCGGGAGACUCUCAGUUGUCUCUGCUACCUCUUCCAGAUCACCAAGUCCCCACAAGUGUCUCCUGGAGACCUCGUUCUGCGGCAGCAAACCCACUUUAGCAGAAACAUCAAUUGAAACUUCAAAACCGGAGACAGAAGACUUGGAGAAAAUGUUGCUUAAGCGCGAGGCUGACACAACAAAAGCCCUUAUUCCGGAGAGCAUAAAGGUGCCAAUGGUGGGUGGGAAUCUGAAGCCUGAUCCCCUGGAUAAGCCUCGGAGACGUGGGUACGAAGAGAGAAAAGAAAUAUUUAAACGCGAAGUUGAGAUCACGAAGCGAGUCUUGGAAAAGGUCAACAUCGAGGUUCCAAUUAUCAGAAAACCGCCGAAAGUUGAGGAGCGAGAUAUCAAAGCUAACGCGGAGGUACAAAAACCCGUUACGUUGGAUUUUAAUGACAAACGAAAAAAAGCUCAAAAUUUUAAGGACGUUGUGCAGACGACACCCAGCAUCGGAAGUCUCAGUGGAAGCCCAAAAUUACCGCGGCAUCAGAAAGUUAGGGAACUUGAGGGCUCAAGAACUCCUAGUCCUUCUUCAGUCUCCAGGAAAAGUAGUUUUGCGUCUUUAUUCAAAGCUCGAGCAGAAGUUACAGCACUCAGUCCAGAGUCUCCAUCACCAACGCCCUGCACAAAGUCCCGACGAAGUUUGACGUCAAAGAUAAAAGACACGACAGAAAGUUUAAGAAGUAGAUCAAAAUCUCGUGAGCGCGGGUCAGUCGACAGAGGAAGUACGAAGAACAAAAAUGUCUUCACAUCGACGCUAAGUAUCUUUAAAAAACGUGAGCGAAAAAAGAGCAUCCAGUAUUCUGGAGGUAGCACUCCAGAUCACGAGUUGAUGGGUCACCCGUCAUUGGAGAGUAUCGGGAACGUCGAGUUCAGAUUCGAUGGAGAUCGGCCAAGUCGAAACGAAGACUCGAUUUUCAUAAGCCUGCAUGCCGACUCGAGAAACUAUGAAGAAGCUUUGCCGUCAGAGAGUGUGUCUAUACCCAUCGAGACACCGACUAAGUUACUAGAUGAAUACGAAAACGAACCUAGAACCGGGAGUAUUGUAACUGAAGCUUCGAUCGAGCACCGGGGCUCCGGAACGCGGAUAAGAACCGAGGCGAUGAUCGAGUCGACCGGUCGAGAACUCCAGAGUCCUUUGAGACCCAGCGCCUCCAAAGAAUCUCAGUUGUCCAAGACCUCGUCAAAAGACUCGAGGAUCAGUAUCCAGACGGCGAAGCACAUCGAGGUGCCAUCGAGACCCGGGUCUACGGAUCUCACGAAAACUGAGUCCGUCAGUGUUUCUAGCAGAGAUUCCGUCGAAAAUAAAACUAUUGUAAAGCCCAAGAGAAAAAGCAAAGAGAGUACACCGAGAGUCGAAAGUCAAUCAAAACCUGAGGUGGAAAGUAAAUCAAACACAAACAGUGGAAAAAGUCUAUCAAGGACAGACAGUUUGCCGAGAAAUCAAGAAAGUAAAUUAAGAGUUUCAGAGCUCGAGAGUGAGAGUGAUAAAAAUAAAGUUAACGGAGGCGAAAGCUCUGAUAAAUCCUCAUCGUCAACUCAAAGAUUAUCCGAAAGUCUAGCAGUUAAGUCUCAAGACGGAUUGGUCAAGACGCCGAGUGUGGUUUCCGAUUUAGAUCACAACAGUUCCGAGUCCGAACGAGAUUCUGAGAUUGACUUUGUGAGGAACAAAGUUGUGAAAGUCGUCAGCGAAGAGUUGCCUGAUGAAAGAAAGGGAUUGUUCAAUGAGGAAAGCUUCGAGGAGGAUCUUCCUUACGUGCCAACGACACUACCGAUGGAGAAAAGCGUCGCGGUACCGAUUCUCCCGGUGAAGCAGCGGCUCCAGGAAGUUAGGACGAUCCCGAUCGAACGGCCCAGAUCCACGACGCCGAUAAAUCCGACUCUACUCGACGAGUUCGUUAUGCAGACCUCUCACGACGAGAAGCGUGCUGAUAAAAUGAAAAUUUCGCUGCCUCGAGAGGACAGUUUCAAGCUGAAGAGUCCGAGGAAGCACUCGAUCAACACAUUCUCAGAGUUUGCUGAGCGAGUGGUGCCUGAUGCUGUGAAAAAAACUGCCGGGAAAUCUCCAAGUCCGCCGCCUCCACUACCUCCCAGGGUUCCUGCCUCUCGCCCGACGAACUGGGUGAAUUUUGAAGAGAUUCCCGAGCGUAGGAAAGCCCCCAAGAGAAUUCAAACGAUUCCGCGUCCUGAAGAGGACAUUAAAGCCGGUUAUAGCUACGUUCAGCCGGAAGAGUGUCGCUGCGAGUGUCACGAAGAAUCGAGACGUGCUUCCCACAGAGAACCUGCUCCAGGUUCCAGCGCUGCUGCUGCCACUAGCAGCGUUACAACUUCUUCGUCGGCAUCUGUCGCGCUAACUUCGUCGACCUGCAGCAGCAGCAAUGGCGAGCGUGCUUGCAACGGCGACAAUUGCACAGUGCCAACGAGCUCCGGAGACCGGGCCAGCAUCGUGAGUGACAGCUCCCUGGAUCUAAGUCCCGGGAGUGAGGACCCGGUUGCCACUCAAGCGCUCCUGGGGCCCAUGAAACCUUUUGCGAUGGACCUGGACCUCGGCUCGAAUCGCUCGAGCAUCAUAUCCCAGGAAGAGACUGAUGAUAUUAAUAUGCCGUAGAUUAAAAGACUACCAAGUUGAGCCGAUAACACUCUGAUGGAAUAUCCCGUGAAAAAUUAAUUGGGAAGAGAACAGACAUAUCGCAAUAAACUUAAAGUGAUACGUCUUUAAGAUUGUGAUGUUAAACUGGCUUUUAAACAUUGUUGUCAACUGUUUGUGCGUUUUCUUUUUAUGAUUUUUUACUUUUUAAUUUCAUAUGCACGGUGAAAUUUUAAAAUUUAUAGUAUUUAAUUAAUGUUAUGGACUUUAUGGAAUUUAAAUUAACAUACUUCAGUUGCUCAGUAUUGUUUGAAAGUUAGUAAAUUAGCUGUUUAGAGAGACACGAAGGAUUUCCUGCUGCUGACACUAAUCAGACUUUGUGACACGGUGUGUUUAUUUGAUCCAAUUGAAGAAGAUAAUCUGAGGCUAAAUACGUAAAUUCAGCUUCAUUUUUGGAAACCGUGAAUGAAACUAUGGAAGAUUGAGCUAUUUAUUGGCUAAAGAAGAAAAUAUGUCACUUGGUGAUUGUUAGUGGUCUAAAUGAGAAGGGAUAUUUUUGACAGAGGUUAUUUUUAGCGGGGUAUGUUUUUGAAAGGUUGUAUUGUCACGCGAAAGUUAUAUUUGAUGACAGGUUGUUUGUUGGAUUUGUCGCUUGAUCAUAACAACAUAUACAUUUAUUUAAGUGUUUUUUGGUUUGGUAUAUUACUCUAACCAAAGCGUCGUUGAGAAUUGAUUCAAUUAAUAUUGAUUAAUAACAGCAAUUACGUACAAGAUCUAAAUAGUUAAAAUAAGUGCGAUUUAGAAAUAAAAGGAGAUUAUUUUUCAGCUACGAGCUAUAAUCUGCGAAAGUAAUGAGUUUGACCUAGAUUACUUGAUUCAUAGUGUGGAUUUUUAUUUGAAACGGAUGAAAAAUUAAAUAACAUAAAUGUUUGUUACAAGAGUUAAUUUUUGGAUGGUUUAAGUGGGUCACCGUCAGUGUGACGAGAAUUAUUUAACUCAUGAACAUGAAAGAGAAAGAUGGAUUAAAAAAAGUUGGACGUUUACCGGAAAAUAAAUGGCGAAAUGGGUGAGUUAAGUUGUAAUAAUCAAUACUUGAUGCUUGAGUUAUUAUUAUUAUAUUAUUAUUAUUAUUAUUAUUAUUGUUGUUGUUGUUGUUGUAAGUUCCAAGAGAAUGUUAAAAAAAUUUGUUCGCAAGCCGGUUUGCUCUAUACACCCACAACGUGGAUUUAAAUUUUAACUUCACGACUAAACGAUCGAUUGACCUUUUCUCUGUAUCUCGAGAUAUAUUUCUCCAUUUGAAUUAUAGAAAAGAAAAUCGGACAGAUUUCGUCUUUUAAUAAGCCAACAAACUCAAAAAUUGAUCGGACAAUUUUUAGACCUCGACUCUGGUAACUGAUAACUUGAAAAAAAGAAUCGCAAUUUUAUGAAACGUAAUUAUCUAUUGAUAAACAAUUAUUGCGUACAUUAAAUAUAUUUAAGAGAAAAAUGUUUAAUUGUAAUUACGAGACCACUUGCUGUAAUAUAAGAUAGUUAAUUAACGCAACUCGCGUAAAGCCUUUAGAAAGUCCAACAGAAUCCCUGAAAAUAAAAAAAAAAAAUAAAUAUUGAAUCCAUAUUUCAUGAGAAUUUAUCCGACAACUGAUAACAGGUAUAAUUGACGCAAUUGGAAAAAUUAAUUAUCCGAUUGUGCGUCAUUGAAUGAAAAAAUUCUUUAUAAAUAAAAAAGAAGAGUAAUCAAAUUAAUAAACGGAGAUUAAAAUCAAUUAUCACGUGUUAAAUAUAGUUCAAUUACUAAUUGUAUUUUAAGAUAAAGAUAAUGAGAAAUAUAAAAAAAAAAAGUUAAUUAAAAAAUCUAAACCCUCACUUUCUCUGCUCAACGAAAAUCGUUUUAUUUUUAAAAUUCGGUUUUAAUUGUUGAAUAAAAUAUAACUAUAGUCCUUCUACAUUAGAUGUAUUUUAUACACAAAUACUGUGUUCAGAUAAAUGAAUUUAUUUAUAUACAGCGUGAUUGUCUCAAGUGUCAAUUGAUUAAGAUCAAAGUGUAAUUAAUUGAUUAUUGAUUAUAUUUCUUGUAUUAAUUGUAAUAUUGUAACUACUGUCACACGAUUUAGCAUUGUAUGUGCUUUAUUUAGGCUCUCACGUGUCGGUUAAUUAUGAAUGUUACACAGCGAGACUAAAAUGAAAAAAACAGGAAUAUAAAUAAUAAAUAUUUAAAUUUUUGUUUACUUUAGACAAAAUGGAUAGAUGAAUAUUUUGUUUUAUUUUGAGAUAAAAUUUAACAAUUAUUUUUAUUCUUCAGUGGUCAAUUUCUUGCUCCCGACUACAUAUUCCACUAAAAAAUUAUGUAAAUAAUUGUAUCACAAUAUGUUAAUAUUUAUUUUUGAUGAUGGAAAAAUUGUACUAUUUAUGUCAGUUUUGAAAUUAUAAAACCAUUAGUUGUUUAAUUUUUAUAAAUUGAAAUUUUAAUAUGAAAUUCAAUGAUCGAUUUGUUAAGGGGGUAGAUGCACUCAGAAGCGUAAAAAAGGUCUAUUUUAAAAAAUUUAUUUUUUACAGUAAUUAAGUUUAUUUUACAAAAUAAAUUAUACAGAGUUUUUAUACAAUGCUUUAACUUAACAUUUAUGGAAAAAUAUAUAUAUAUAUAUAUAUAUAUAUAUAUAUUAUUUAUUAAAAUAUCGCCAUAUUGGUUGGAUCCUCUCCCGCGAGGAGAGGCUUGCAUAAUGAAUUCCCGGGAAUCUAAUUUUGUGCUAACUAGCAAUUUAUUUUAUCAUUAUUUUGUGACAGUUCGUCAAGAUAGAUUCUCAACAUACAAUACUAAAUAAAAAAAUAUAACAAGAAAAAAUAUCAAUAGACCUGUCGAUAACAUUCGUAUGUCAACUGUAAUGACAAUGAUAAAAUUAAAUUAAAUCAAAUCUAAUAAAUUGUGGUUUUUUUUUACCUCAAUAUAAAAUAUUGCAUUUUCCAACCAAUAUUAAAUAAAAGUAUGUUAUGUACAAGCAAUAACUUUUUAUUGAAUAUUAGGUUGACGGCUUUGUUUGAAUUUAAUAUUACAAUAUUCGACGUUAACAAUUUUAUUGGCAUUUCAGAAAAUUUAAGACAAUUAAAAUAACAAAUUUAACUUUAAUAUCAAUUUACUCAAUAAUUUUUUACCUUUUUUAAUUUAAUAAGCAUGCUAAAUUUUUACUGUAAUAAAAUUUAUAUUGUCUUUACUUAAAAAUAAUAAUUUUGAUGAAACUGAUGUAAAAUGUUAAUUGUAUUAAUUAAGUCAUCAAAAAAUAAAUAAAGCCGUACUUACAUAAUUAAAAAAGAUAAAACAAUGCUUCGUUAAAGUGAUAAUCCUGUUGGACGUUCAAAUUGUACCUGUCGUUCUUCAACGACCCGUUUACUUUGUUCACUCAUUAACCAAGAGACAAAGUAAAACUCAACAAAAGAUUUAAAAUUCAUGAUAGUAUAAAAAUGUAAAUCACCUCCUUGUCACUAAUUAAUCUUUCACUAGAAUAAAGCAAAAUAAUCAAUUUAAAUCGGAGCGUUUUUAAACACUGGUUAUUUCUAUUGUCCAAUCAUUAAGACGAAGAUUUAAACAAAGUAUAUAAAAAAUGAAUAAAUAAAUAUAUAUAUUAUAUAUAAUGAAUAAAUAAAUUUAUGUCUUAUCUAAGAUAUAAAUAAUUUAAAAAUAAUAAAAAACAUAAAGGACAUAAAUGUCUGGGCCUGCGAAUAAGCCCAUGGACUUUAAAUUACAUAAAAAGAAAUAAAAAUUCUAUCAUUGUAAUAAUUAUUAUUAUUGAUAUUGGUCCUCGAACAUUAUUUUGUAUAGAAAAAUAUCACUUAUGAGGAUACCUUGUAUUACUAUUAUCGAAAGAUAUUGAAAAUUCAUCUUUGGCCUCACCCGGUCCUGUCCGAGUCUUCGUGACGUUUAAAAAGCGCCAGCCCGUAAACCGGAAU